CCUGGUGCGGUGAAGAGAAAGAGCGCGCGCGCAACGUGUACGGCCGCGGUAUCGUUUCUGCUAGUCCUGCGGAGGAUCAUCGAAAGGACUACACCCCUGCAGUGGAAAGAGUCAGCCUUUGCUCCUUGAAUCGGCACGGUGCAGUGAAUAAAGUCACGCUAGUGGAAAGAUGAGCCUUCUGCUGGAAGAGGAGGAACUCGACGAAUACAGAGAUGGGUCUGUGCGACUACGAAAUCCAAACAUCGAGCUCAUGGAUCAGGAUAUACUCUACCAUCUUGCUCUGGGCAGCGAGUCCCACGAUCUCGUUGAAAUGUUCGGAGAUGUUAAGUUCGUGUGCAUGGGAGGAACGCCAAAGCGUAUGGAACAGUUUGCUCACUUUAUAAUGAAGGAAAUUGGCCACAAGCUUCCUGCUGGGACGACGCUCCUCGACAUUAGCCAGUAUUCGUAUCGAUACUCUAUGUACAAAGUUGGGCCGGUUCUUUCUAUUAGCCACGGAAUGGGCAUACCGUCGGUGGGAAUUUUGCUUCACGAGGUGAUCAAGCUGAUGUACCAUGCGAAGGUGAGGGAUCCGGUAUUCUUCAGGAUUGGUACGUGUGGUGGUAUCGGCCUCGAAGGCGGUACCGUGGUAAUUUCUGAGGAAGCGGUCGACGGAAUGCUGAAAUCCUACUUGGAACUGCCUGUGCUUGGCAAACUGGUGAGAAGGCCAGCGAAACUAGACCGGCAAUUGGCUCGCGACAUAAAGGCCCUGGCGCAUCGCGACGAUCCCUACGACACCAUAAUCGGCAAAACGAUGUGUACUUAUGACUUCUACGAGGGCCAAGGCCGCAUGGACGGCGCGUUCUGCGAGUUCACGGAAAACGACAAGAUGGAAUACUUGAACAAGCUGCACAAAGCUGGCGUGGUGAACAUAGAAAUGGAAAGUCUUUCGUUCGCGGCUCUCACGCAUCAUGCGGGCAUCAAGUCCGCUGUCGUCUGUGUAACGUUGAUAGAUCGUUUCAAGGGAGAUCAGGUGCUGGCACCAAAGGAAGUUCUGGACGAGUGGCAAAUAAGGCCGCAACAGUUAAUCGCACGCUAUAUAACGAGAUAUCUUCAACGAAAGGGCCGCCUCUCCUUAGAAGGCCACGGAUCGAUGUGUGUCAAGAGUCCGCGCCGGUUCAAGCUGGUUCAACAGGAAUCGGAGAACUACGAUUAAAUUCGGGACAGAUGAUCGACGAAAUGGAAUUUUUGCCAGCAGAAUCCACUGUGAAUCCUUGUUAAUAGAAGAACACACACUGUUACAACUAUACGAUAGAAGAAAAAAAGCGCACGGAUUAGCCGAUUUUACCAACGAUUAGCUUAGACCGGACGUCUCGUUUUGUUUCUUUGUACAAAUCUAUCGGAUCGCAUCAGAUAUCAUUGCCAGUAAGAAAAAGGGAAAAAGGAAACAGACAAAAAACAAAAGAGACGAAAGAAAGAUGUAUCUCUCCUUAUUUUUUUACGAGGUAGAAACUUUACUUUAUUCCGUGUUUAAGAUUUAUGAUGCAAACGAUGAAGUCCAGAUUAUAUUAUUACAGUGCACACUGUAAACAUAUUUUUGUAAACCUUGAGUAUUUAAUUGCCGACAUUCAGUAGUUGAUAACGAGUGUUGUUUCUUUGUAUCGGUGAUCAAACGAAAUGGCUAUCAUUUUUACUUAUUACGCUGUUGCUUCAGCGGAGCUGGCGGAGAGUACUUUUCUAAUGCGUUUCACCCGACGUUACGUUCAAAACUUUUCUAAGUUUUCAACGCUACGCACCGCGUGUGUCGUUGUAGUAUUUAGCGUAAAGUUUCCAAAGUUCCUCCUUAGUUUCACGACGAUUAAUUAACGAGAGAGAAAAGCUCAAUGAAUCGCGAACCUCAUCAGUUUUCGCUGCACAGUCUAUGAUGCGGUGAUUCAAGUACAAAGCAGGCAAGGUAUUAAAGAGAGAAGAAAGAGAAAAAAAAGAAGCACAGAAAAUGUAAUUAUCAAAAUGUACGCGAUAAGUACAUUCUUAAUGACCAUACUUGGCCACAUAUCUAUCUAUUGUCCGUGUAUUUUUUGAAAGUUUUAUUUCAGACACUACGAUUCUAAUGAUACGCGAGGACAUACGAAGAAGUUUAACAUUUAUCGACCAAGAGACCCUUUUAUGUUUUCAAACACGAGACUACAUUCGUGGAUGUAUAUGUAUAUCGUUUGAGAAAUUUUCUACACAAAGCGCUGACAAGUUCUACAACGGAUCCACGAACAGAUUUGUAAAUCUAUUGUAGAUCCACGGUGCUCGCUCGUUGUAUCAAUCACGAAAUUGCAAAUUCAAUUUAACCACGUUUCGAGGACGUAUCAAAUAUAUCUUACUCGAUAAUGUUAAGAUUCUGUGUAGCUAGUAGCUGAUUAGAAAUUUAGUAGCACAUUCCACAUAGUUGAGUAAUAGCAUGCUUUGUGUUCAACCGACAUGCGAUCGUGGUUCUUACGUGUCCCCCGUGUAAACACAUAAAAAACCACCUCGGCAUUCAAUGUUUCGAUUGAGACUGGAUUAAGAACACGAUGACAAGUGAAAACAAUGAAAUUCGAAUCGUUUUAUUUAUUUCGUUUCGGUCACCUUUCAAACUUUGUUCUCCAGUGCCAAACACGAUGUACAUUCGACGAGUGAUCUGUUUCGACGGAAAUGCCAUUUCUCAAUCCUGUCUCGAUUGUUACAACUCGUUGAAGCUUUAACUUGACUAAUAAAUAUAUUAAACAAUUGUUGGCCACGAGCCACGAGUCGCGAUUGUCACAAAGAAUUGCACAGAAUUCGGAGAACUCCUUUAUAAGGGGUUUUAAAAUAGGAAACGAAAAAAAAAAGAAUAGAAAAAAGAAAAAAAAAAAAAUGAACGUUGUUGAAGUUAUUAAGUAUUUAGUGGUUUUGGGCUUUAAUCUUAAGAAUUCCAUGUUACAUAUAUUUUUAAAGUGUGUACGUGUUUUUGUAUCGAUAUGAAUCUGUUGGUCAAAGGACAUAGUUAAACUGAUAUUUACGAAAUGUUUAAAAACAUAAUCAAGCACUGUAUUAUUGUAUACUAUAUCGAUGACGACGAUUAUUUAAAGGCUUGCCACGAACGUGAAAUAUGUUUCUUGGUUUCUGUAAACGAAAAAGAGAGUUCAGUAUUCAGGGUUUCGUGAAUAGUAUUUCGUGAAAACGGUUUUUUACACACGUAGAUAGAGCAUCGUAGCGAGCGAUAUUAUUUCUCAGUUCACUCGGAAGCAAUGAAACGUUCGUUUUGAAUUAUUUGCACAAAGCUCUCGUGUGACGCACUCGCGAAAUAUAUUCUAUAAAUGUGUUCAAUGACAAACAUUUCCCAAAAACGAACGAGCCUUACAUUACAUUGUUGAAACGAUUUGACGAAAGUUCGUUUCUGGCUGUUGCUGUGAACUUUUGACGCACGGCUGAGAAAGUCCCGGGUGAAAUUUUUCUGUGCAAAAACACUACCACGCGCUAUAAUGUACCGAAAACUUUUAAGUAUAUCAUGUCAACCAAUAAUAAAUGUAUUAAUCACGGUGUCUUGUUUCUUCAUAUAUAAAUUCACUGUACAAUCGUAAAGUAAAUUGAUAACUUUAAUUUUUCUAUUUUAAAUUACGAGCAAGUUACGACACGAGAAUAAAUAUAUCUAAAGCCACGAACAUCCGAGAAAAGAAAGCAACUCUCGAACUUUUCGUUCCACACGUUCGUUCCGCGAUCGACGAAAAUGAAAAGAGCCAACGCGUCAACACUUGUGUAACAUUGUGUCACACGGUACGCACAAUUUGCCAGUUUAAUGUUUAUCGUAUAUAAACUUUGCGUAAAAGUUCAUCGUAAUUGUUAAAUACAUAUAUAUAU